AUGGGAAGACCUUCUUCUUUUGUUUUCCUCUUCUUACUCCAUUCCUUCAUGGCCUCCUUAGCUUGGAGUGAUACAAAUAUCACUACCGACAAAUCUGCACUUCUUGUCUUUAAAUCCUUUAUCACUUCAGAUCCACACAAUUUCUUAGCUAAUUGGUCUGUCUCUUCUUCUCCAUGCAGUUGGAUUGGUAUCACAUGCAAUACUCGUCACGGAAGAGUCCAUUCCUUGAAUCUUGGUGGCAUGGAUCUUAAGGGUACCAUAUCUCCACAACUAGGAAAUCUCUCAUUCCUUGUUGAACUUGACCUCAGUGACAACGAUUUUCAUCAUCAAAUACCAAACGAGCUAGUUAAAUUGCGUAGAUUGGAACUACUCAAUUUGAGCUGCAAUGACUUUCAUGGGCAAGUUCCAACAGGGAUAGGAGGUUUAUCUUCACUUGAGAAACUAAAUCUUCGAAAUAAUAGUCUUAAUGGAAUUAUUCCACCAUCUCUAUUCAAUCUGACAAUGUUAGAGACAUUGGAUUGGAAUUUUAAUUACAUUGAAGGGACCUUUCUGCUUGAGGUGGGAAGACUUGAGAAAUUGACCAUUUUACGUCUUGCGGGUAACAAGCUUUCAGGAAAUAUUCCCCGAACAAUUUCCAACUUAUCUUCACUUGAGUUAUUGAGUUUGUCUUAUAACAAUUUGUCAGGGAGCAUCCCAAGUGAGAUUGGGAAUCUUUCACAAUUGAAGAAAUUGUAUCUUGGAAAUAAUCAACUUGUUGGUUCAAUACCAUCUUCAUUAUUCAACAAUUCAAUGCUGCAAGGCUUUGCGCUUGGAAUAAAUAACUUAUCUGGCAGUCUCCCAACAAAUUUGUGUGUUGGGCUUCCAAAGCUACAAAUAUUUUAUGUGAAUGGAAAUGAUUUGGAUGGCGAAAUACCCUCUGCUUGGCAUCAAUGCACAGAAUUAUUAGAAUUAAAAUUGGGGCAUAACAAAUUCAACAGAGGAAACAUACCAACUGGUAUUGGAAAUCUGACCAAACUUCAGUUGCUAUAUCUUCACAGCAGCAACCUGCAAGGAAUCCUUCCAAGUGAGAUUGGAAAUUUGACAAACCUCGAAAUUCUUGUUCUUCACUUCAACAAUUUGCAAGGUUUUAUACCCAAAGGGAUAGGCAAACUUGAUAAACUUAAUGUCUUAGGCUUGGACUCUAAUUAUUUGCAAGGACCUAUUCCUUCAAAUAUAUUCAAUAUUUCGACAUUGAGAAUCUUAAGCCUUGGCGGUAAUUCCCUCUCCGGCCUUCUCCCGUCAUAUUUAGGAAUUGACCUUCCCAACCUGGAGACCUUAUCGCUGGAUGCAAAUGAUCUAAUUGGACAAAUUCCAAACAGCAUAUCAAAUGCUUCUAAGCUCAUUGAGUUAGAUUUGUCAUUGAAUAAGUUUAGCGGAGCUAUACCCCAUCAAGUUGGAAAUUUAAAAAAUUUGAUCAAUUUAGCUUUGCAUGGGAAUAAUUUGACUGGGUUGAUUCCAAAUGCAAUUAGUAAAUUACAUAGUCUUCAACGUUUAAGUCUCAACAACAAUAGAUUGCAAGGGUCCAUUAUAAAUGACUUUUGUCAACUAGAAAGGCUAAGUGAGUUGAAUCUUGCAAACAAUAUGUUUACGGGGGCAAUUCCAGAAUGUUUUGGGAAUACUUCUUUGCGACAGUUGAAUUUUAGCUUUAACAAAUUGAUUUCUCAUAUACCAUCUUCUCUUUGGAGUCUCAAAGAUAUUUUGGUUUUAGACAUAUCUUCCAAUGCAUUGAGUGGAAUAAUUUCACCAGAGAUAUCAAACUUGAGGGCAAUUAUACUAUUGAAUUUGUCAAGAAACCAAAUUUUAGGAAGCAUCCCUGCAACUAUGGGUGAGUUGACAACUUUGCAAGACCUAGCUUUGGCUCACAACAAAUUACAAGGGCCUAUACCUAGAUGGCUAAGUGGCAUGAUAAGUAUUGAGUCAAUAGAUCUUUCUCAUAAUUACUUGUGUGGUAUGAUACCAAAGUCCUUAGAGUCACUACACUAUCUUAAAUCUAUUGAUCUUUCAUACAAUUUAUUGAAUGGAGAAAUUCCAAAUGGUGGUCCUUUUCAAAAUUUUACUGCUCAAUCUUUUAUGAUGAAUAAAGAUCUUUGUGGAAAACCCCAACUACAAGUCCGACCGUGUAGGAGAGGAAAGAAGCACAUAUCAAAUAAAGUAAUGUUGGUGAUAAAAUGCUCAAUGCCUAUCCUGGUUGUCAUUUUGGUUUUUAUAGGUAUUGUCUCUCUAAAGCAUAACAGAGAUGAUGCUAACUAUGCAACCAAUAGGGAUUUAACAAAUUUGGAUGCACCAACUAGGAUAUCCUAUUAUGACCUUCUACAAGGAACAAAUGGAUUUGAUGAGGGUAAUCUUCUUGGCUCUGGGAGUUUUGGAUCAAUAUAUAAAGCAAUUCUUCCAAAUGAAAAGAUAGUUGCUGUCAAAGUAUUUGACAUAGACAUGGAAGAAGCAUCGAGAAGUUUUGAUAUUGAAUGUGCUGCUAUGUGCAAUUUGCGACAUCACAAUCUUAUUAAGAUUAUCAGUAGUUGCUCUAAUGAUGAUUUCAAGUCUCUAAUCAUGGAAUUCAUGUCAAAUGGAAGUCUUCAUAGAUGGUUGUACUCUCAUAACUACUGUUUAGAUAUCCUGCAAAGGUUGAAUAUAAUGGUUGAUGUGGCAGCUGCAUUAGAGUAUCUUCAUCAUGGUACUUUAACUCCAAUUGUUCAUUGUGACAUAAAACCAAGUAAUAUUUUGUUGGAUGAAGACAUGGUGGCUCAUCUAAGUGAUUUUGGUAUAGCUAAACUAUUAAGUGAAGAACAGUUGGAAAUUCAUACAAAAACAUUGGCUACAGUUGGCUAUAUGGCACCAGAGUAUGGAUCAAAAGGAGUGGUUUCUUUCAAAGGAGAUGUGUAUAGCUAUGGCAUUGUUCUAAUGGAGAUGUUUACGAGGAAGAAGCCAACCGACGAAAUGUUUGUUGAAGGCCUUGGUUUAAAAGAUUGGGUUAGCAAGUCAACACGACAUUCAAUCAUCAAUAUUCUAGAUGUCAAUUUGCUGCAUCAAGGAAAUCCAAAUAUCAGCAAUAUAUUACCACAUAUAUCAUCAAUUUUUGAUUUGGCAUUAAGUUGUUGCACCGAAUUACCUGAGGCUCGAAUUACGAUGACUGAUGUUGUAGUCUCAUUAAAAAAGAUAAGGUCAUAUUUACGUAAAAUACUAGAGACGUGCCACUAGUUAAAUAAUCUCUGUGUUGAAGUUUUAGUUACUGUUUCCUUUAUCUUUUGAUUUAUUUUGUCUAUAAGACAUGUCGUAUGUUAAAAUGGCGAUUAUUUAUAUGUUUGUUAUAUUAAUAUAUAAAGGCUCUACCUUUUUCAUGUCUUGAA